AGGUGACGUCAGGAGUGGUGGCAGGCGGGGGCCUCCUAUAGCCCUCAGGACGUUUUAUCUGUGGGCCCUCCAAUCGCGUCAUAAGUCGGCGACUGAGCCUUGGCGGUGGUGGCCGAGGCGGCGAAGGCGGCAGCGGCGGCGACAGCUCUGGGGUUUGCUUCUCGGGGUGUGUCGGCCGCCGCUGCUGCUUGGGCCUGGUAUGUACAAAUGGCUGGUUAGGAUUCUCGGCACCAUUUUCCGUUUCUGUGACCGGCCGGUGCCCCCUGCCCGGGCCCUCCUGAAGAGGCGGCGCUCGAACAGCACUUUGUUUUCUACAGUGGACACUGAUGAAAUACCAGCCAAAAGACCAAGAUUAGAUUAUUUCAUUCACCAAGUGAAAACCAGUCUCUACAAUGCUGCCAGCUUAUUUGGAUUCCCAUUCCAGCUGACCACAAAGCCCAUGGUAACUUCUGCUUGUAAUGGAACACGGAAUGUGGCCCCUUCAGGAGAGGUAUUUUCGAAUUCUUCAUCUUGUGAACUGACAGGUUCUGGAUCCUGGAACAACAUGCUGAAACUGGGUAAUAAAUCUCCUAAUGGAAUAAGUGACUAUCCAAAGAUCAGAGUGACAGUAACCCGAGAUCAGCCUCGCAGAGUCCUGCCUUCCUUUGGUUUUACUUUGAACUCAGAAGGGUAUAGUAGAAGACCCGGUGGCCGUCGCCACAGCAAAGGCCCUUCAGAAAGUUCUUUAACCUGGAAGCCUCAGGAACAGGUUGUAACAGAGAUGAUUUCUGAAGAGGGUGGCAAGGGUCUGAGGCGUCCCCACUGUACUGUGGAGGAGGGUGUUCAGAAAGAGGAAAGGGAGAAAUACCGAAGGUUAUUGGAGCGACUUAAAGAAGGUGGUCAUGGAAACUCUGUUCCUUCUGUAACUUCAACUUAUCACAGCUCUCAAAGAAGUCACAUGGACACAUUAAAGACCAAAGGCUGGGGGGAAGAGCAAAGUCACGGAGUCAAAACAACUCAGUUUGUUCCAAAACAAUAUAGAGUUGUUGAAACAAGGGGACCUCUAUGCUCAGUGAGAAGUGAGAAGAGGUGUUGUUCAAAGGGGAAAAUUUCUGAUACAGAGAGGACAGUUGGACUCAGACUUGAAAAUGAAGGUAGGAGGGGACACCAACUGGAACCUGACCUAUCCGAAGAGGUGUCGGCCCGACUCCGCCUGGGCAAUGGGAGCAAUGGCUUACUCAGGAGGAAAAUGUCAAUACUUGAGACAAAAGAAAAACAUUGCUCGGGCAAAGAGAGGGAUAAAAGGAUGGAUGAUCUUCUUGAACUUACAGAGGACAUGGAAAAGGAGAUCAGUAAUGCCCUAGGUCAUGGCCCACAGGAUGAGAUCCUAAGUAGCGCUUUCAAGUUGCGAAUCACUCGAGGAGAUAUACAGACCUUGAAGAACUAUCAUUGGCUCAAUGAUGAAGUCAUUAAUUUUUACAUGAAUCUUCUGGUGGAAAGAAACAAAAAACAAGGGUAUCCAGCACUUCAUGCAUUCAGUACUUUUUUCUAUCCCAAAUUAAAGUCUGGUGGUUACCAAGCAGUGAAAAGAUGGACCAAAGGGGUCAAUCUCUUUGAACAGGAACUUAUUCUGGUGCCUAUUCAUCGGAAGGUACAUUGGAGCCUGGUGGUGAUAGACCUACGAAAAAGGUGUCUCAAAUAUCUGGAUUCUAUGGGACAAAAGGGCCACAGGAUCUGUGAGAUUCUCCUUCAGUAUUUACAGGAUGAAAGUAAGACCAAAAGAAAUAUUGAUCUAAAUCUUUUAGAGUGGACCCACUACAGCAUGAAGCCACAUGAGAUUCCUCAACAGUUAAAUGGGAGUGAUUGUGGAAUGUUUACUUGUAAAUAUGCAGAUUAUAUCUCUAGGGACAAACCUAUCACAUUUACUCAGCACCAGAUGCCUCUCUUCCGGAAGAAGAUGGUGUGGGAAAUCCUUCAUCAGCAGUUGCUGUGAGAAUGCCCCGCCCGGUCCCUCUAGCUGCUGGUGGUUCUUUCACGGAGGACGGAUGUUUCCAUAUACCUCAUGCAUCGUGGGUUCAACAGUCCCCGCAUCGCCCCUGCUGGCUCACAGGUACUGGGCUGUAGGACGCGCACGCAGGCCUCUCCCUGCACCCUGGGCCCGACUUGGUGCGUGGACCCUGUGUGUGAGCCUGUGCCUGCUCAGAGCCCUGGACUAUUCAACCCACACAAGAACAAACGCUAAUUAAUACUUUUUUUUUUUUAAGAUUUUUUUUUUUCCCUAUGAAUGUGGGAAAUGCAGGAUUUAUUCUAUGAUUUGUUUUUUGUGUGUUUGUUCACGUGUGUUCAUUCGCUCACUCAUUUACAAACAUAAUGGCAGUGGCUGUUUGCUCCUGCUCCACAGUUAACUCUGAAUUACCUGUUUGAACUAUUUAUUUUUGAAAGGAAUGUUAAUCAAGCUCCACUCCCAGCUGAAGAUCAGGAGGGGAAUCAGUGGGGGGAGGAAGGAAGUGUUAAUUAACUUCCCGAAGGCUGGAGCAGAAACUGCCAACUUGAAGCUGGAGCUCUUGUUCUUGAGGCUUGGAAGUGCCGGAGAGGAGAAACCUUCUCCUUGGGUAGGGCUCUCAUUGCCUUUCAGAGGACGUCUGACACUAAGGCCUUGGCCUGGGGGCGUGGAAAAGUGGAACGGUGGCCUAGGAACUCUGGCGAUCCAGGAGUCUUCAGAAGAGUGGUGGUCAUCCUAAAGAGACUGCUCUUUCUGGGAAUGAGCUGACUUGGCUACUCUUGAAACUGGAUUUGAAGUAACUAUAAACCCUAAAGCUUAAUUUUCAUCCCAGAUCUGGUUGAGUAUAAACCUCAGAAUUGUAAGGGCUGGCCUGGGCUGUUUAUUUCAAGAGAUACUAUUCAAUGUAAAAGCUAUUUUUCCUCAAAGUUUGUUUUUUUUUCUAUAUAUAAAGCCGAAAUUAAGUUUUGUACUCAUUAGGAUUUACAUCCCCCCCCAUUCCACCCCCACGGAAAUUUGGAAGAAAAUUUAGUACUUGGCUGUGAGGCUGCCAGUUAUACAAUAAUCUAUUUUGCAUAUGAAAGUUUGUAUUUAACUUUUUUGUUCAUUAAAAACUUUACAGUGGUUACGCAUUUUUAAUUUCAGAAAGUUUAGAGUUGGUCAGAACAUAUUUUGCAAGAUCUAGUGCCUAGUGUUGCUUUUUCCGAUGUAAUAAAGGUUGUCUGGCAGAACCUGAAAA